AUGUCAGAUAGUACGUUGCAAGAUCUCAACCUAGCUCAAUCAGCAGAGCUGGAGAAAAGCAAAGACAGUGUUGCGAAACCGUGCAACACUAAGCCUGUGUUGAACGGCAACAAACGUGUCGACAAGGAAGAAAAUGCUCCGCUUGCAUGUCCUGAUGCUGUGACUAAUGGAUGUGAGGCUGCAGUUGUAGAUGUUGAGUAUAUUGAUUCUGAGAACCUGAUAGAUCUCCCAGAUGUUGACACAAGCUUUAGUACGUUGCUUGCAAGGUUGGAUUCAAAGGACUGGAUCAAGACAUGUGAGGCCCUUAAUAAUGUUCGUCAGUUAGCAAUAUAUCACAAAGAAAGGUUGCAGGAGCUGCUGGAGCCUCUAGUUCCUCUUAUUGUGAAAUCUGUGAAGAAUCCAAGGAGUGCUCUGUGUAAAACUGCACUUAUGACCUGUGCUGACAUCUUUAAGGCAUAUGGUGAACUAAUGGUCGACUCAAUUGAUCUACUGCUAAUGCCGCUGUUUCUAAAAUCUUCUCAAGACAAGCGCUUUGUUUGUGAAGCUGCUGAGGCAGCCCUUAUAUCAAUGACAAGCUGGAUCUCGCCUUCUAUAUUGCUACCGAAGAUGCAGCCUUACCUCAAGAACAGGAAUCCACGAAUUCGAGCAAAAGCAUCAGUUUGUUUCAGUAAGAGCGUAUCACGACUUGGUGUGGAAGGAAUCAAAGAAUAUGGAAUGGAUAAGCUCAUCCAGGUUGCUGCAACCCAGCUCAGUGACCAGCUUCCAGAAUCGAGGGAGGCUGCACGCAAACUGUCAUUGGAGCUACAAGCAUUCUACGAGAAGUCUCAGGCCUCAAGUUCAGGCGAAGAUGAGAGUUUGCCUGCUGCCUUACCAAAAGCUGAAACCUGGGAGGCUUUCUGCCAAUCCAAGCUUUCCGCGCUAAGCGCCCAGGCAAUCCUCCGCGUCACCUCUACAACGAUAGACACCUCAAUGACGAAAGACGGUGUAACCGUGGGUGUCCCUUUUGCCCUGAAAGAAGGCGGCGGCCCUGUUACCCCAAAAGAAGGCGAUCUCAUUGUUGCUCCGAAAGAGGGUGCCGCGGCAGUGGGUUGCUAGCAUCAGGGAGGUGGCUGUCGUGAUUUUUUCCACAUCCAAUUCACGUAUUUUUGCUGUACAUGGUAUACGGUUGCUCCGUUGUUGCGUCGAAUUUGCUGGGUUGUCUGGGCUGGAGUUUCUUCAGGUGUGAGACCUGCGGUAUUAAUAUUGGUCCGAGAUAUAGUCCCCUUGUUAUAGUCGACCUUACAAUUCUUGUGUUCCACUGCUUGUGCUUGGCAAUGGUUGGUUCUCCGGUAAUUCAGUAAGGCGAAUGUAGAAUUUCAUCCACCGUUCCAUAUUUGCUGGAGUAUUAUUACACAGUUCCCGUU